AUGAAGUAACAAGUAUCUUCAAAGAAUCGAUAGAAAUACCCUUAAGCUGGUCCUCAUCAAUUAUCAUAUCCUAACACCCGGAUUUUCUUUUUCAAUUCACAGCAAAACAUGUUAUUUCAAAUAUUACUUGUGACACUUUUACCGUCUCUGACCCUACAGUACAGCACCUGUACGGACGCAUCGCUUGAUUACCAAGGUUACACGUAUAAUGUUGACGCAGAUACUGGGGAGAAGAUUUGGUCUCAUUGCAAGUUCCCUAACCCUAAGUUUGACCACUCACGAUGUGGAUUGACAGCUACUGAUGGCCACCAUUGGGUGUGUGACCCUGAUUAUCUCAUCUCAUCACAAGUUGAUGCGGUAGAUCUGGCUUUGGCCAUGAUUCAGACUAAUACAUCUACACAGUGUAGUGGACCCGAUGGUGAAGAUCAGAGCUAUAUUGUGGCGGUGGCCCUAAUAAAUAGAAUACGGAUACCAGACUUGCAGGACAGUACAACAUGCAUUAAUGACUGUGGAGAAAUUCAGCCAACAUUAAACACAACCGCUAGGAGUGCCACUUCUGGUGAACUGGACGCUAUUAUGGAAAACUUUGCCGAUCAGUUGCGCAGUGGCUGGGCACUUGGAAGUUGCGGAAAUGACGUAAUUAUCUUGUACGCUCAAGAUAUAGAUAAGAUUCAUGUUUCUGUUGGUUACAAGGCAUCUACCUUAGUUACUGAUAGUGUCGUAUCAAAAAUCGAAUCAACAUUUAGAGAGUACAACAAUCAGGGCAGAUUAGCUGACGGACUCCUUAAAGUUGCAGACGACCUGCGCAAAACACUGCGCGCUAUAACACCGGCUCACAUAGUACUCAUCAUGAAUAUGGUAGUCCUGGUUGCGACAGGAGUAUUUUUGGUUUUCUUCCUGCAUUUAAGAUCAGUCGAACUUAACGUAUGGGGAGCAGAGAAAUUGUGGAAGAUUCCAGAAUAUCUCGUUUAUUUCUUCUCCGGAGUUUGGUUGAUCGAUGCAACUAUAUUUGGAGUGCUGUUCAUUUCGAACCGAGCGCCAUUUUGGGCAAUCCUAAUUGGAGUUCUUAUGGGAGUCACGUGUUUCUUGAUUUAUUCAUUCGAUGACGAACUUUUUGGAAGCAGUACAAAUAGCGGAAAGUUAAAUUUCACGUCAGCUUGAGACGUAUAUAUUUUUCAAACGCAAUAUAAACAAUACUGUAUAAUUUCAUGAUUCAUUUUCACUCGGUUUCUAUUGACUUAUGAGUUUUAAUUUGUUUUGCAAGACGUCUUAAAUUAAGUGUAAUAUGUUUUGAAACAUUAGAAUGUCUAGAUGAAAAAGAAAUAGCUAAAACCUGUUCCAUUUGUAUGCUAAGUAGAAAAAGAUAAACUCUAUCGUCACUUCAAUUAAUGAUUAAGUAAUAUUGCAUAUUUCACAAGACUUUAAAAAGUACACAUACAUGUUCACUUGUGUUAAUAUGUCUUUUAAUUGAGUUAAGGCAUUUCAAUUGAUAUCUUAUAGUGUGUCUUUCUAUGUUGUGAUGUUACACUAUUGUUUCAGAUAAGGGUGAAGGUUUGGUACCAUUAAAACGUUUAAACCCGCUGCAAUUGUUUGCAUCUGUCCUAAGUCAGGAAUCUGAUGUUCAGUAGUCGUCGUUUGUUGAUGUGGUUCAUUAGUGUUUCUCGUUUCUCGUUUUUUUAUAUAUAUUAGACCGUUGGUUUGAAUGGUUUUACACUAGUAAUUUUUGAGGCCCUUUAUAGCUUGCUGUGCGGUGUGAGCCAAGGCUCCGUGUUGAAGACCGUACUUUGACCUAUAAUGGUUUACUUUUAUAAAUUGUGACUUGGAUGGAGAGUUGUCUCAUUGGCACUCAUACCACAUCUUCUUAUAUCUACAUAGAAUUGCUUUCUAUAAAUAUAUUCAAACUGUAUACAUGUAGUUACGUUUAGGGUACUGUUUUCGUUUCCGAUAUAUUUGAGACACAUUUUUUAUUAUUUAUUUGUUUGAAAGGCACCUCAAUUAAGUCAGUCUUAAUCUUAAUCUUAUAUCAAUGAAUCAUGUUUUUUACAGUUAUAUAUAUCGUCUUCUUACUUUUACCUUACUUUAGAUUUCAUACAUUAUUGUGAUAAAUACUGCAAGAAAAAAAGUUCAAAGUCCAUGAUAAUAAAGUGCUUUAAAUCGUAAUAUUUACAACAUGUUCUUUUGUAAUUGAAAACCAGAUAAUUUGAUAUAUAUUUCAAAAUCUGCAUUAUUGAAUUAUUAUUUGUUAAUUAACAACUUAGAAAUAUCGAGCUUUUUGACAGUCAUAACUUAAUGAUUUCCAAUAAUGUUUGUAUCGUUAUUUACUAACAAAAUACUAAGACUCGGUGCUGGGCGCCAUACAAUGUAGAUUUAUUUACUAAUAUUUUCAUACAUAUAUUCUGAUUGUUCUUUUCUUUUUUGUUUUAGUGCAGGUCACAUUUGUUGAAUUAAAUAAAGUUAAAAAGU